AUGCCCUGGUGGGGUCGCCCAGCGUACGUGUUCUCGGGCAGCGGCGUGAGCCGCUUGGUUUUCCACCAAGGAUUCGCGUCCCGGGGUACAGACAAUGACGAGGAAGAAGAAAAGCUCGACCCAAUGGCGAUGGCUCAGGUGCCGGCCGAGCCGAAGAAACCAGCCGUGGUUCCCCGUCGAGUGGCAGCACCGCCUCAAAAUUUCCUGUCGCCGUUUGCACCGGAUGCGGCGGUAUCUCCAGAGGCUCGCGCGGACCAGGUCAAACUAGCACAGAUCGAGAGGGAGACCGACCCAGUGAAUGUCGCCGUGAGGGCGUUCCAGCUGCUGCUGGAUCGCGCCAAGCGCAGCCGUGACGUGUCUGGCCAGCCGGCCAGCUUCCAGUACACGCUGUGGUGCAUGGUGGUGCUGGUGAUCGUCGUCACGGUCGUCGGGGUCCUGCUGCUCAACAUCGCCGCGCAGCGGCAGCGGGACAAGCUCACCUCCACCACCGAGGAUAAAGAUGCCGAACAUGACAUGGCCUUAAAAGAGCGCCAGUUGGCCAUCGAGAGCGACGUCUCUGAUCAGGAGGCAACCGGACCCCAGGCCGGCACGCUUGGCGAAGACGGCGCUGGUGAAGACCCUGACGCCAACAGUGCCGAAAAAACCACCGAGGAAGAAGCGGACGUUCCGACAACGACCGUCCUGCCGUAGCAUAAGCGCCGCCUGUCGUAGCCACGGGCGGAGCUUUCGUUCGAACAUGCAGCGUCAUCGCCACUUGACGCUUUUCUUGCCAUGGUCACGACGCACUUCAUCCGCUACUCCAUCGCAUGUCCGUGCAUAUGCGCACGGGAGCCUCAAGGCAGGAGGACCAUUAAACGCUGUAUUCGUCGUAUUCUAGUGCGACCGGAACGCGAUAGCCCAACCACAGCUGCACAUACAAAGGGGCAACAGAAGCAUAUGUGAAGUAGUAGUAGUAGUUAAGUAAGUCGAGUAGUAGUAGUAAGUCGAGCAGCUAUUCCAAUAAGGUCUAAAAAAUUUUCGCUAUUUCCGAAGACAGGGUCCCCGUAAACAAGAAAAUGCCGCCAACAUGCGCCCCAAACGACAGCACCACCACUGUUGAAAAACCAAGUGAGCCCUCAUGACGUAACAUAUAUUUUUUCCCGUAAUUGGCAGGUUUAUCUUCUUCUUUUACAGAUGUCGAAAACAUGUAGGUUUGGAGGAGGUGGCAACCGUGUUAACAGCGCAGGGAUUAGAACACGAGCUAAAAAAUCCGAGAUCGCCUAUUAGAAGCACAUAUGAGUUGUGAAGUUGCGUUAAUGUUGAAUUGAACGCUGCUGAACGGUUCUGCGAGUUACGAGCUCCUCGCAGCCAAGUGAGCGCAUUGGGACGCUUGGCGCGCUCUCAUUUGAAUUAACACGGCAAGCUGGGCGAGUUGGUGAUUAAACAUGUUCCUAUGGGCGGGCAGCGCAACCCGGACGAAGGACGAGAGGAAGUACGCAAUACGAGCG